UUCAAGACUCGGCGGCGGCGACUGUCUUACCAUCCUGAUCUCAAGUUACUCGCUCAUCUCCUUUCUGUGCUCCCCUCUCUUGCCUCUCGUACGUCGACGAGCAAUCACCCACCAUGGCAGAAAAGGCCAACAACAAGUCCGAGAUCGAGGAUGUUCCUGUCGCCCACGAGAUGCACGAGGUCACCAGCCUGAGUAUCAAGGGCGAGGCCCAGGAGAUCGAUCGGGCUCUGGAAAAGAAAGUGCUCCGCAAGACCGAUCUCAAUCUUGUCCCUAUCCUCUUCCUCCUCUUUCUCUGCGCGUUUAUCGACCGUAUCAACAUCGGCAAUGCUCGCAUCCAGGGCCUGGAGGAAGACCUUAACAUGGCUGGUCAGGACUACAACAUCGCGCUGUUCAUGUUCUUCAUCUUGUAUAUUCUCCUGGAGGUCCCCUGCAACCUCAUCCUGAAAAGGGUGCGCCCGUCCAUCUUCAUCUCGACCAUAAUGCUUGGCUGGGGAAUCGUCACCGUCUGCCAAGGGGUUACUCAAUCUUUCGCCGGCCUUGUUGUCUGUCGAGUCGUUAUAGGUGCAUUGGAGGCUGGGUUCUUCCCUGGGUGCCUCUAUUUGAUUUCCAUGUUCUAUAAGCGCCACGAACUGCAAUGGAGAUUCAACCUGUUCUUUUCUGCUUCUAUCGUUGCGGGCGCCUUCAGUGGCCUUCUCGCAUACGCAAUUGCUCACAUGGACGGGAUCGCCGGAUACAGUGGCUGGAGAUGGAUCUUCAUCUUAGAAGGUCUCUUCACCGUGGUGGUAGCCUUCGCUUCAUACUGGAUUGUCCCAGAUUGGCCCGAGACUGCGAAGUUCCUCAAGCCCGCCGAGCGAGAACUCCUCAUUCGUCGACUGGCAAUGGAUAUUGAAGGGGCCAAUAUGAGCCAUUGGAACAAGAAGACAGCCAAACGUGUCUUCAGCGACGUCAAGAUCUAUCUAGGCAUUGCAAUGUAUCUCGGCAUUGUCACCACCAGCUACAGUGGCGCGUUCUUUACUCCAACCAUUCUCAAGCAGCUCGGAUGGACCUCAAUCCGUGCACAGGUCAUGUCUAUCCCUAUCUUUGCCUUUGCCACCGUCUGCGCCUUGACGUGUGCCAUUGCAAGCGACAGGCUUCGCCAUCGCUUCGGAUUCAUCAUAGCCGGCUGCCUUGUGGCAACCAUUGGCUAUGCAAUUUUAUUGAACAUGCACCACGUCAGUGUCGGAGUCAGAUAUUUCGCCCUGUACGCCGUCGUCGGUGGUGGAUAUAUUGCUCAGCCCAUUACUCUUGUGUGGCUGAAUAACAACGUCUCCGGCCACUACAAGCGUAGUGUCAGUGCCGCAAUGAUGGUCGGAUUUGGCAACUGCGGCGGCAUCAUUGCAUCAAAUAUGUUUGUCACAAGCCAAGCACCAGAAUAUCCGCUGGGGUAUGGUCUGGGAUUGGGUCUGGUCUGGCUUUGCGUCCUUAGCUCUGUGAUUUUCCUCUUCUAUAUCAGAAGAGAGAACAAACUGAGAGACCAAGGCCGACGCGAUGACAGGUAUAAUUUGCCAGACGACGAAAAGAAUAACCUCGGGGACGACCACCCAGGAUUUCGCUUCACUUAUUGAUAUCUGAAUCAGAAGGUAACCGCAGUGCGGUGGUUUUGCUCCAUUGUACCAAAUGCAGAAUUAUGCUUGAUGUUUGAUAGACUGGAGGUGGCGGCCGGAAGAGCAGUUUGUCUAGAGAUUUUUGAGAAUGAUACUCGGGAGUCCACGGAUUGGACGACGCCAGACAUGUGAGAACCGCAGACUUUUGUGGGAGUGUGAUUACCAGAGAUUGAGUGUUGAUUUGUCGAAGGAAAGCUUCUCGUUUGAUCCGGAUAAACCAUAGAGUUGUUUCCAAGGAAG